AUGAACACCAAAGAUUUUGUAGUUAUUCCAUGGGGAAAGCCUGGAAAUUCUGUAAAGCUAAAAUACAAAAAUGUUCAAGAACUUCGAAUGGAGAAAGUACAGUUAGAAUUGGAGAACCAAGAAAUGGAAAAGAAAUUACAAGAAUUCCAAUCAACAAGGAAAAAAGAAGAGACAAAGUCAAGUGGAUAUCAUUGGAAAUCUGGAAAAGUGAGCAAAUUGGGUUAUCAAUCACCUGUGAUGUCACAAAAUAAGGGAAAUGCCAUUAAGCUUUCUACAGGAAAAGUGAAAUUAAAAUUACUGAAGCAGCAGAUUCAAGAACCAGUGAAACAACCAGCUAAGUAUAUAAUGGAAGAUUCCUCUGGAAGUGAAAAACCCAAGAUAAAAGGGAAGAUUUGUGGACAGUGUGAGAACAGAUCUGCUCUACUAGUAUGCCUUGAAUGUGGUGAAGAUUAUUGUUCAGGAUGCUUUGCUAAAAUCCACCAGAAGGGGGCACUGAAGCUCCACAGAACAACACUUUUGCAGGCAAAAUCUCAGAUAUUAUCCAGUGUGUUGGAUGUUGCUCAUCGAUUUAUAAAGGAAGUUAAUCCAGAUGAACCCAAAGUGGGAAAUAAUUCUAUAAAAGACACGAGUAAAAGUCAUCAGAAAUCCAAGUCUCUAGUCCUGCAGGGGAGCAACUCUGAGGUAGAAAUUACAACAAAAAGAGCUGAGUGCACAAAUCCGAGAGAUAGGCUCUUGUGUGAAGGGUCAUUCGAUGAAGAAGCUUCUGCCCAGUCCUUUCAGGAAGUGUUAAGUCAAUGGAGAACUGGAGAUCCUGAUGAUAAGACGAGACAGAACUUAAAUGCAGCAAAACCAGAUUCAUUGGAAGAAUGUGAAGUACAAACUACUCUAAAAAUUUGGAGAGAACCACUUAAUAUUGAAUUUAAAGAAGAUAGUCUAUCCUAUAUGGAAAAAUUAUGGCUCAAAAAGCACAGGAGAACUCCACAAGACCAGCAAAACACACUUCCGGAUACAAUCCUACAUCCAUGUGGAACCUCUAGUGAAGCAGAGUGCUCUCGGAAUGAAAAUGAUGAAGAUAGCGAUGAUGUUGAAGAGAAUGAAGUACAACACUCAACUUUUUUUUUGCCAGCGGAAGAAGAAAACCUAGAGAGAGCUGAAUCCUCUCUAAAGAUAAUAGAGUUGGAUGAUACUUAUGAAGAGGAACUUGAAGAACCAGGAGACAUUGUGCCUUACAAAGUUGAGUUAGCUAAUUCAGACAGUCAACCAAGUUGUACGUUUCAUGAUUAUCAGCAGAAUAGGUUUCCACAUGAAAAUGACAUCCAUCAAAAUCAUGUUUUCAACGAGGAGAAAACAGACCUCUUAAAUCUUGGUCUGAAAAACAACUCCAUGUAUUGUGAAGAUAACCUAAAAGCAGGAACUUCAUAUGUAGAUUUUGACAACAUUAUGGAUCCUGAUGUUUAUUAUCUCAACAUCGGAAAAAUAGGGGAAAACAGCUCUUUUAAAGGAAAUUUCAAAGACAAACAGAUAGAUACAGAAAGUAACCAAAAGUCUGAUGAUUCCUGUACAUCUCUUAAGAGGAAGGAUUCCUUGACAAAUAUAGAUUUAGAUAAACCUUCUGUUGAGGAGAAAUUAUCUCAACACAUCAAAGAAUCCUUGGAAUCUAGCAAUCUUCAUGAAAGACCAAACUCUUCUAAAACUACAGAAUCACCACUGUUGUUACAAGAAAUAGCCCUCAGAAGUAAACCUAUAACUGAACCAUAUCAAGGACUUGAGAAAUUCUUUACUUUUGAUAAAAAUGAAAAACUCAACUUAAUUCCUUCUUAUAGUUUAGAAUGCAACCAUUCCAGUACUAGGAUUACACUUGCAGGAGAUAGAGAAUGGAUCCCAGAAAGUAGCUUAAGUGUACAUGCUAAUAAUGCAGUUGCCUGUGGUCUUGUGCAGAGUUUCCAGUCUCUUUCAUCAAGUGUAUACAAGCAAAAAAAGGGCCAGAAGUCACAGAGACCUUCAACAGCAAAUUUACCACUUUCCAACUCUGUUAAAAACAGCUCCAACUGCCUUUCAUCCUCUCAGCCUCGACCAAGAAGUGCAGCUGUUCGAUCAUUAUCUAGAGCUGCUUCGGAAAUUUUAGAAAUUGAAUAUAUUGAUAUUACUGGCCAGAAUGAACCUUUCUUAGAUAACACAGCUGAUCAACAAACUUUAGAGAGUUUGGAAAAAGAAUUAGAUGUGCUGAGAAAUCAUGCAGAUCCUUCAGAAAAGCUUUACAGCCUAACCUCAGAAGAGUUACCAGCCUUCAACAAUCAUUCUCUGAGUAUAAGUCAGACUUCCACAGAAUCCCUUGGAAAGAGCUCACAGAUGUGGGAUCCCUGUGGAGUUGAAGAAUUAAGCUCUUAUGGAAAAGAUACUGAAAUGCAAUCUUUGCUGCCACUUUCUGAGAGCAGUACAGAUGAGGAGGAAGAUUUCCUUGACAAGCAACAUGUCAUCACACUACCGUGGUCAAAGAGUAUUUAA